AUUUAUGUAAGCCACUGUAGCAAAAACUAGUACAAUUUUCUCAUGAUUUAUGAAUCCCAUUUUCAUUAUAGGAGAAAGGUCCUCAAUCUUGAAAAGGACAGUUUGGUAAAUUUGGUACAUGUAGUUGUGCUGUUCAUUGUCUUCACUUUUGUUCCAAAGAACUCCAUGUAAUAGUUAUAGGCUAAUAGCUUCUUGCUAUAGACUGUAAUUUUCCUCAAACUUUGUUCCUAGGAUUCACUUUUUCUGUAAAAAAUAUAGCUUUCUUGAUUUGUGGGUGUCUGAGAUUUGGUGUUCCGUGUCCGGUACUCAUAUUGAAGCUCUGACUAUAAUCUUGAUUCACGGGCUUUCUAGAAGAGCUUGAAACCGAGACGUCUGAUUAAAGGUGUGUUUGAUAUGUAUUUCAAGAACAGAGGAGCAAUAGAAAGGCCUUCAACAAGUGUAGUUUCUAAAAAAUGGAGUCUUUUUCUAUGUCUUGGAAGUUUUUGUGCUGGAAUGUUCUUCACAAACAGAAUGUGGAUAAUUUCUGAAACAGAAAGUGGAAUUACAAGAACAACUACAGUUGAAGCUGAAAGAUUGAAAUUAGUUUCAGAAGGUUGCAUUACAAAAUUUUUGCAGCAGCAAGAUAUAAAACUUGUAUCUAAAGAUAAUUUUGGGAUAUUAGAUAAAACCAUAUCAAAUUUGGAGAUAGAGUUGGCUGAAGCAAAGGCAGCUCAUGAGUCGAUUCUCAGUGGGAUUCCGAUAUCAGAAGAGAUCGAAAAGGGUGAAUCACGAAGCAAAAGAAAAUAUUUUAUGGUGGUAGGAAUAAACACCGCAUUUAGUAGCAGAAAAAGAAGGGAUUCAGUUCGCGCUACAUGGAUGCCACAAGGUGAAAAAAGAAGGAAGCUGGAAGAAGAGAAAGGAAUAAUCAUUCGCUUCGUUAUUGGUCAUAGUGCCACAUUAGGGGGCAUAUUAGACAAAGCUAUUGAAGCUGAGGACAAAAAGCACGGUGAUUUCUUGCGUCUGGAUCAUAUUGAGGGUUAUCUUGAAUUGUCCGCCAAGACGAAGACUUACUUUGCCACUGCUGUUAACUUAUGGGAUGCUGAGUAUUACAUCAAGGUUGAUGAUGAUGUUCAUGUCAAUAUAGCAACACUGGUGGAAACAUUAGCAAGGCAUCGUACAAAACCACGUAUAUAUAUCGGGUGCAUGAAAUCUGGUCCUGUCCUCUCCAGGAAGGGUGUAAGGUAUCAUGAACCGGAAUAUUGGAAAUUCGGAGACAAAUAUUUUCGUCAUGCUACUGGACAAAUAUAUGCCAUUUCGAAAGACUUAGCAACUUACAUAUCAGCAAACCAGCAUGUACUUCAUAAGUAUACAAACGAAGAUGUGUCACUGGGAUCUUGGUUUAUUGGACUCGAUGUGCAGCAUAUCGAUGAUCGCAGAUUGUGUUGUGGAACCCCACCUGAUUGUGAAUGGAAGGCACAGGCAGGCAAUGUUUGUGUUGCAUCGUUCGAUUGGACCUGCAGUGGAAUAUGCAGGUCUGUCGACAGGAUGAAGGAGGUCCAUCGCCAUUGUGGCGAGGGAGAGAAUGCACUAUGGAAAGCUGCAUUCUGAGGACAUUCACUAUGUCAAAAUGUCACAUUCUUUUGGUCAGAAGUACAUAUUAUACGUAUGAUCAGAGGCGAAUUCAGAAUUUAGAAUCCAAAGUGGAUUCAAAAUAAGUGUAAUUGUAUUAUAUGUAUACAUUUUGUCUUUUUUUUUUUACUUCAUAUGUAUACAUAGUUCGAGCUGAAAAGCAGUUGAUUCAGUUGAAUCUGCAGAAGACGCUCUGAAGUUUUCCUCUUCAUAGGUUUAGCUGUGGAGAUGCCUACUACAUUUUUGUAACAGAUAAACUCACAUUAUUGUAUAUCAGUACUCCAAUAAUGCAAGUGGAAUGAAUUGUUUGAGGAUUUAACUUA